AUGACUUCGGCCGAUCUUCAAACAGCCUUGCUGCGUCCAGCCGUUCUUCAGAUCCUUCGUGCAGCUGGGUUCGGUUAUGCAAAGCCUGCAGUGGUUGACACUGUGACCGAUCUGGCUGCUAGAUAUCUGAGUCUUCUGGCUUCUUCAACAGCCCAGAAUGCUUUCAACACUCACAACAGUCAUGUGCCAACAAUUCAAGAUGUUCGACUCGCUUUGACUCAAGCUGGAGCGUUGGUGCCACAGAUGAGUUCCGUGGAAGAGGGUCUGAAGGUUGACGUGGAGAUUGAAGGAGUCUUGGUUCCUUUUGAGGAUUUACGAGGAGUUGAGGGCUUUGUGAACUGGGCUCACGGACCCGUCAACAAAGGGAUUCGACGAAUUGCAGGAUUUGGGGAUGAUGCAAAUGUCGAGGAAAUUGCAGCUGGGCUGGAUGAGCAAGAGGAUUAUCUCACUGCUUUGAAGAAGAAACACAGCAAAACUGGAGAAGAGUCUCGGUAUCAAGGCACAGCGUUGGGCAAAGAUGCUGAUACUCAAAAUAUGGUCAUCAUGGGUGGACCAGCAACCCUCGCCGAAUGGAGGAACCAACAGUGA